AUGUCUUGUCAGAUAGUUAUAUUAGAUUGCAAUAUUGGUAGUCAUGGACAAUUAUUUAAAAAAUUAUCUACUAAUCGUAUUUAUGAAGCAAUGACUACAGCAAUUGCUGCAUUUGGAUCUCAACAUCUUAGUAGUGCACCAACAAAUAAAUUUGUUCUUUUAGCUGCUGGAAAAAAUAUCUCAAAUAAGUUUAUUUACAUAUCAGAUCAAAGUGAAAAUGUUGGUGCUUCUAUAGAAAUAUUAAAUAGUAUUCAAAAAACUUUUAGAAAUGUUUUACAUAUUAGAGAUAAAUCAAAAUAUGUUGAGUAUGCUAGUCCAUUAGCUUUAGCUUUAUGUCAAAUUAGAAAAUUUAAAUCUAACAGUAAUAAAGGACAAAAUAAAAUUACAAUAAUUAAUUUAUCUCCAGUAACAGACUGGGAACGUGAUAUGAUUUUAAAUUGUGCUUUUGCUGCAAAACAAUAUAAUAUUUUGAUUGAUGUUAUUGCAUUUGCCUUACACCAAACAAGUCCUGUAUUACAUCAAUGUUGUGAUAUUACUGGUGGAACUCAUGUACAUGUAGAAAAACCUUAUUUACUUUUGCAAUAUUUAAAUAAAUAUGUAUCCCCUGAUGAAGAUAUGCGGGUUUCUUUAAAAAAUACUUUCAAUGGUGAGGUUGAUUAUUGUCCAACAUGUAUAUGUCAUGGAAAAUCAUUAAAUAUUGGUUUUGUUUGUAGUGUUUGUUUAUCAAUACAUUGUGCUCCUGAUUCAGAAUGUUAUUCAUGUAAAACAAUUUUUAACAAAUCUCCUCCAACUUUGAAUGAUCCAAAAUCUAUAAUGGAUGUCAAAAAAACGAUUCAGUUUGUUAAAAUUUAUUCUGGUGAUAAAGAAAGAAUAGAAACUGAAGAAGCAAAUAGUGUUAAAGAUGAUAAUGAAAUGGAUGUAUCUCAAGAAAGUAUUUUUCAAAAUGGUGAAAAUGUUAAGACUAAGACUGAAACUGAUACUGCUCUUGAAAGUUUAAUGCAGUUUUAA